CGGCGCCCGUCGCCCCGCCCCGCGCCGCCGGACGUCUGUGCCGGGACAUGGCCGCCGCCGGUGCCGGGUCCUUGAGCUGAGCGCCCGCCGCCGGCAGCCAACCGCCGCCUCAACCGUCCGCGCGGGCGGGCCGAGCCGCCGCCAGGCCGGCGAGCAGGAGGAGGAGGAGGAGGCCGCCUCAGGAGGCGGGAGCCGCCGGACACAUGGCGUCCAUCUUGCUGAGGAGCUGCCGCAGCCGGGGGCCCGCCCGCUUCCCGGCGCCCCGCGCCGCCGCCCGGGGGGGUAGUCCGGGGGACCACGCCUGUCUCAGCUGUGCCAACACCGUGGGGUGGAUCAGCCGCCUGCGUGUCCUGCCGGGCGGCUGUGCUCCCGCGCACCUUUCCUUCGGAGGCGACCCCCUGGGCUGCUGGACUCGGAGGCCCCAGCGCGCGUGUGCGGUGGCCCGAGCGCCGUGGGCCCCGGCCUCCGCGGGCCUGCUGGUCGCCCAGCCGCAGCUCCCGCCCGCGCGCUGCUGGCACUCCUCCCCCGCGCUGCGCGACGACUCGGUGGUGGAGAAGUCGCUCAAGUCCCUCAAGGACAAGAACAAGAAGCUGGAGGAGGGCGGGCCGGUGUACAGCCCCCCGGCGGAGGUGGCGGUGAAGAAGUCCCUGGGCCAGCGGGUGCUGGACGAGCUGAAGCACUACUACCACGGCUUCCGCCUGCUCUGGAUCGACACCAAGAUCGCGGCGCGCAUGCUCUGGCGCAUCCUCAACGGGCACAGCCUGACCCGCCGCGAGCGCAGGCAGUUCCUCCGCAUCUGCGCCGACCUCUUCCGCCUGGUGCCCUUCCUGGUGUUCGUCGUGGUGCCCUUCAUGGAGUUCCUGCUGCCCGUCGCGGUGAAGCUGUUCCCCAACAUGCUGCCGUCCACCUUCGAGACCCAGUCCAUCAAGGAGGAGAGGCUGAAGAAGGAGCUGCGGGUCAAGCUGGAGCUGGCCAAGUUCCUCCAGGACACCAUUGAGGAGAUGGCCCUGAAGAACAAGGCGGCCACGGGCAGCGCCACCAAAGACUUCUCCUUGUUUUUCCAGAAGAUCCGAGAGACCGGGGAGAGACCCAGCAAUGAGGAAAUCAUUCGUUUCUCCAAACUGUUUGAGGACGAGCUGACCCUGGACAACCUCACGCGGCCGCAGCUGGUGGCGCUGUGCAAGCUGCUGGAGCUGCAGUCCAUGGGCACCAACAACUUCCUGCGCUUCCAGCUCACCAUGCGGCUCCGCUCCAUCAAGGCGGACGACAAGCUGAUUGCAGAGGAGGGUGUGGACAGCCUCAACGUCAAGGAGUUGCAGGCGGCGUGUCGGGCACGAGGCAUGCGGGCCCUGGGAGUCACAGAAGACCGCCUGCGGAGCCAGCUGAAGCAGUGGCUGGAGCUCCACCUGCAGCAGGAGAUCCCCACGUCGCUGCUCAUCCUGUCCCGAGCCAUGUACCUCCCAGACACCCUGUCGCCCGCCGACCAGCUCAAGUCCACGCUGCAGACCCUCCCCGAGAUCGUGGCCAAGGAAGCGCAGGUGAAGGCGGCGGAGGUGGAGGGUGAGCAGGUGGACAACAAGGCGAAGCUGGAGGCCACGCUGCAGGAGGAGGCGGCCAUCCGGCAGGAGCACCGGGAGGAGCGGCAGAGGCGCUCGGAGGCCGCGAAGGAAGUGGCACUUGAAGCAGCGGAAGCUGCCCCUGCGAGGCCCGUGGCCGAGCUGCAGCCGGAGGUGGUGGACGCGGCCCUGCCGCCAGAGGCCCUGGAGGACACGGCCCCCGUCCUGGAGGGCGUGAAGGAAGAGGAGAUCACCAAGGAGGAGAUCGACAUCCUCAGCGACGCCUGCUUGAAGCUGAAGGAGCAGAAGACGUCCCUGACCAAGGAGAAGGAGGAGCUGGAGCUGCUCAAGGAAGACGUGCAGGACUACAGCGAGGACCUGCAAGAGAUUAAGAAGGAGCUUUCGAAGACGGGCAAGGAGAUGGAGGUGGAGGAGUCCAAGGCCAGCAAGAGGCUGACCAAGCGGGUGCAGCAGAUGAUUGGGCAGAUCGACGAGCUGCUCACGCAGCUGGAGGCGGACCAGCAGGCUGGCAAGCUGGGCCCCACCGCCCCAGGCCUGCCCGCAGGGGACACUGUCAUCAGCGUCACUGAGCUCAUCAGUGCCAUGAAGCAAAUCAAGCACAUUCCAGAACACAAGCUGGUCAGCCUGGCCUCGGCCCUGGACGACAACAAGGACGGCAAGAUCAACAUCAAUGACCUGGUCAAGGUGAUCGAGCUGGUGGACAAGGCGGACAUUCACAUCUCCACCAGCCAGGUGGCCGAGAUCGUGGCGACGCUGGGGAAGGAGGAGAAGGUGGAGGAGAAGGAGAAGGCCAAGGAGAAGGCCGAGAAGGAGGCGGCCGAGGUGAAGGGGUAGCUGCCCCCCGGCCCCUUCCUGCGGAAGCGAUUCUAUUAGUGACACGUCUGAUAUUUUGUCUGGAAUAAAUCAGGAACUUCCAUCAAGCAAUUUUUAAUUUUCACCAUUCCACGAAGAGCCAGUCAGCCUGGAAUCCCCGGCCCCAGGGAGUCGUGUCUGCGUCCCCGCGUGGCCACGGGCCGGCUCACGUGGCUCGGGCCUGCGCCCGUGGGUGUCCUGGGAGGAGGCCCGGCCCGUGGCCCUCGGCUCAGGACACUGGUCUGUGGACUUGGACGCCCGACUGUCGGGGCCACGCCUAGCGCUCUGUGGCCUGAGGACCACGCCUGAGGACCGCCACGCUCCCGGGGCCUCCGUCUGCCAGCUCUUCUCGAUGCACCUGGUUCUCACCUGACCCCUUACCAAUUCGCCGUCUGCCUGACUCGGGCGUGACGCUAAUGUAAAUACGGCGUGGCCCACUAACGAA